AUGCUGACUUGUUUCGGUAUUCGAAAAGGCGACGGAAACCGGCCAAUCUGCACCAACUGCCAGCGAAAAGACCGACAGUGCCAAUGGAUCUGCGAUGUUGGCUCACCAAGGGUCUCUGAGCGCCUAAUUAGCCCUCCAGCCCUAGUUGCUGAACAUCGGGAGGAGUAUAUAUCAACUCAGGAUCCCGAACAGGCCUUACAAGAUCCACAAGUUGCGCAGGUAUUCCGCCACUAUAUUCGGGAUUUAGCUGGGUGGUAUGAUCUCAAUGAUGGUAAUCGGCACUUCAAAGAUGUGAUUCCUGCUCGAGCUCGACGGAAUCCCCUAUUGCUCAGUGCCAUUCUCGCCUUUUCAGCUGCCAACCUAUCUCAUACUGCUCCCAACUUCGAGUCUCACAAUUUUGCCGAGUUUUAUCAUCUAGACUGUGUGCAGAGGCUGAUAUCUGUCACUAAGAACUUGGACAGUCUGUCAAAUGAGGAGACACUUGCUGCUAUCUGCCUACUUCGCUCCUAUGAGAUCAUAUCACAGGAUUUUGGCUCCCAGAACCACCUUCAGGGUUGCUAUUCUUUGGUAGUUAACCACCAUAUCGAACUCUCGACGGACCUUUUCAGUGCUGGAUUUUGGAACUAUUUGCGGGAAGAUAUUACGGUAUCUCUGAUUAAGCAGCGAGAUCUAAUGAUCGAUUUAUCCACAUGGAGCCUUCCUCAGACACCUUCAAAUGACUCAGAUUUCGCGAAUUAUAUCACAUUCCUUCUCGGCAAGGUCAUUAACCGAUGCCUUCGCGAGGACUUGUCCUCCAUGGAUCUAUUCGAAUGGAAUGUACUGAAAAGCCAGGUACAGAAGUGGAGGGAGUCUCUUCCACCGUCGUUUGAACCGAUAAGGACGCCUGGUCUGAAGAAGCAGAGUAGAUUCUCGUCCGUAUGGACUCUCGGGGACUGGCACGCUUCAAGCCUUCAUUACUAUCAUACGGCAAUGAGCAUCUUGUGGCUAGCAGAACCUACAGCUAAACCGUCCAACAUACUACAGCGCGUGGAGGACUAUAGAGUCCUACAUCAUAGAUUGAAAUAUCAUGCGACUGAGGCGUGUUCUCUUGCGUUGUCAAGUGAUUCCGCUCCUGUUUGGGUCAAUGCAUUCGGACCGAUAGCUUUUUGUGGCCCAUGGCUACGAGACCAUGGAAUGAGCGCGGAGGUAAUAAUCGAAUUAAAAAUCUGGGGAGGAAAGACAGUUGGGCUGCCGGAAUCCGAAUGUUUAUUUUAUGGAUCAGAACUAAGCGUAGCCAACGUGGUAUACGUAUAUGCCUACCAGCAUAACUCUUUGUUACGCCUUUGA